GGUAAGGCAAGGAUCAGGAGCAAGUUCUGGUAGCCAAAGACGAGUGAGCAUCAUAAGUGGCAUCUAUCCAAAUAGAGCAGCAAGUUGCAGGAGCCAAUCCACAACUUCUGAUGGCAAAGCUGUGGACAGGGCGUGUCUCGUGGGUAACAAGUAUGCCAUACGGGUUUUUGAUGAUGAAGGAAAGGAUGUGACACCCCAUCCACUCUUCCAUUCAGAUCGAAAUACUGUUGUACCCAGGCAGGGAAAGCUCUUGGCAUCAAGUGCUUACUUUGGGGCCACAGGAUCUGGUUUCCUCUCUUCUUUCUCCAUGCAUCAGGCAUCAGGAGUGAAUGCUAGUUUAGUUUCAUUCUCAAGGACAUAUGGAAGCAGCAGUACUUCUAUAUCAAACGCAUCAACAACUGAGUCCAUACCAGAUGAAAUACUGGAACCCGGCUCUCGACGAAACACAACUGUUAGCUUAUCUGAUGUGCAGGUGAGGCAAGAGGAGGUAAAAGAAGAACUGACAAAAGACGACUUAGAUAGGAGAGUGGAUAUUUACCUCACAGAGACGGAAACUAUCUGGAUGUUGGAUAUGCCAUCUGUUGUGCUGUCUGUAGAAUCAGAAGAUGCUGGAAGAGUUCUGGAGCGGAACAGGAUUUAUGUUGACAUUUGCAAAAACAGAUGUGGUAAUGAUCGCAUUGUAGAAAAAAUGAUGCAAACCAUUAAUGGAGCCGCAAAGAACAAAGAAGUGCAAUGUGACAAAAUCAUCACGGAAGAUAAAGGGAUGAUGGUCACUUUCUGGGACUUGUACAAUUCAUUUAACGUAUCGGAAAUAGAACCUACGUCAAAAGCAGAAGGUAGCAGAGCCACAACUGGGAAAAGCAGCAAAUCUCAUACAACUGAAGAGGAUGAUCAGACUAUGUCUGUCUCUUCUGACAGAGGCAGCACAAGUUCUUCUAUAACGGAAAGUGCUGUUAUCGCCAGAAUCCACGAAGAGGAGGAAUGCCAUUCAGAAGCUAUAUUAACAUCAGAAAACUUUCAUCAGAGUUUAUUUUUCAUGGAGCGGAUUCUAAUGGAGAAUAUUUUUCAACCCAAACUUGCAGCUUAUCGGCAGUUUCCUGUCCUUAUAG